AAACGCAUAGGCUCAUAAUAUCAGGUACGUCACGGGUCUUUCUAUAAAGAGAUACACAAUUGCGCGUGCGUCAAUUUGCUAGUCGUUCUUCUUGACACGCAAAAUUCACCCCGCUCUGGUUUGCUUUAGCGAAUCUUACUUUUUCAGAAUGCAGCACGGCAACAAUCCAAGGCCAUCUUAUGGCGCUCCACCACAGAAGAGGUUCAGGAACGCUAAUGGAGGGGCUAACAACAGGAGAAAGCAGCCUAACUUCUCUGCUGACAUAGUGUUCACCACCAAGGCGGGAAAUGUGCAGACCAUCCCGUCCUUGACCAAACAGUUGAAGGCCAUCACUGGUGAGACUGUCAUUGGUCUUCAGUAUGUGUGGGAGUACCGCAGUCCCAGUAAGUCAGUCCCGCCCCAUUACCAGUGUAAACUCUGCAAGGUGAGCCGUCUGCAGACUGACAUGCUGGCUCACAUCAAGGGCUGGAAGCACUCCUUCAGAUACAUGAAGCAAAAUCAUUCUGCCAAGAUUCCCUUUGAGGAAGAUGCUGCCACAAAGGACCAUGACGUGAGGAAGAAGGUGAAAAAAGCAGCAGCAGAGCUGGAGAAGGCAGAGGGCAGGGGACAGCUGAAGGUGAUUCUGAAGGAGCCCAGUGAGGUCCAAGCGUUUGCAGGACUGCGUUCAGCAAUCCCCAACAUGGGGCCACCAGGAGGGAUGGGAGGGCCAGGAGGGAUGGGAGCUAGAGGACCAAAACCAGGUGGCAGGUUUGCAGAGCCUCUGUUCCCAGGGGAGUUCCCUCUCCAAGGCGGCCUCCUCAACUACCCCAUGGGUGGUAUGGGGGGCUACUCUGACCCCCUGUCUCGCUCCACUUCCUCUACGGCCUUCCAGAAAAGGGACAUGAGCUUCCGAGGCUACCCUGACAAUACGGGGGGGCUGGGGGGUUCAGCCGAUGGCUUUGGGCCGGGAAGGGACGGAGGCUUUGGCCAGGAGGGGCUGUUGGGGGAGAGUCCGGGAAGCUGCUACCCUGAUGAGUUCAGAGGGGGACAGAUGGGAAGUGGAUCAGGCCAAGGGUUGAUGGGAGCUGUACCUGAAACCAGCAGCCUUCCGUCCACGCUACUCAAAUACCUGGACAAUUUCCGGAUCGAGAACGAGAGUGAUGCUCAGAUCGUGCUGAAGGUGACACAGAAGCUGACGGAUGUCCUAAUGGACUACAGACUUAGGAGUGUUUCCGCGCAGGGUCCUAGUAUGAAGAGCGGUUUGUCGCUGGGCUCCAUGAGCUACUCUGAUUCUCCCAGAAUGUCUAGCGGUAGUGACCGCUUCUCAGGUGGCUUCUCUGGGAACCUCUCCGGCCCUUCCAGAUACUCUGAUGGUCCAUCCAGGUACUACAAUUAACUGAUCCAUCCCCACGUGACACAUCCACCUUCCUGGGGUAACCCAUCCUCCGCCUCACCCCCAAGAUAUACCCCGAGUUCAUGGGGGUCUGCAGCUGUCUGUCUAGCCACUGAAGAGGAUUUUUAUUUUAUAUAGUUAUAAUUUUCCUUCAAAGCAGAAACUGAUACAAUUGUGUACUUAUUAGUGCAGACUUUGUUUUUACAUAACUUCUUUUGACAUUAAUAGGUUGGACCAAAGUUUGACUUUUAGUUUUAUUAACCAUUGUCUGUAUUCAUGUGAUUUUGGCAUUUAUUUUACUGGGGUUUCUUGGAUGAAUCUUGUCUGUUUAGAAAUUAAGUGUUUGAUAGAAAACAAGUAAUGUUUAGGGAAACGGAUGUUUGGUGGUAAAUGGGUUACUGAUGUACUGACUGCUGUUUGAGUUGGGCUUGUCAUCGCUGUUUUUCUCCACACCUGGCUUCACCUGCGACCAGCCACCCUGACAGCUGAUGAAACGUGGAGUAUUUGUUUGUAUUAAAGCCAGAACGGCUGGCCCUGAACAGAAUCCCAGGAUGUAUGAUGCAUUUGGAAAGUAUUCAGACCCUGACUUUUUCCACAUUUUCUUACGUUACAGCUGUAUUUUAAAAUGUAUUAAUCUACACACACACACAACCCAAUAAGUAAAAACAGGUUUUUAGAAAUGUUUGCAAAUGAAUUAAACUGAAAUAUUUGCAUAAGUAUUCAGACCCUUUACUCAGGACUUUGUUGAAGCACCAUUGCCAGCAUUCAGGCCAAAGAGUUCAAACUUGGUUCCAACAGACCAGAGAAUCUUGUUCCUCAUGGUCUGAGAGUCCUUUAGAUGCAUUUUAGCAAACUCCAAGCGGGCUGUCUUGUGCCUUCACUGAGUGGCUUCCUUCUGGCCUCUACCCUAAAAGGCCUGAUUGGCGGAGUGCUGCUAAGAUGGUUGUCCGUCUGGAAGGUUCUCCACAGAAGAACUCUGUCAAAGUGACCAUCGGGUUCUUGGUCACCUCCCUGACCAAGGCCCUUCUCCCCCGACUGCUGCCAGCUCUAGGAAGUCUUGGUGGUUCCAAACUUCUUGCUCUGACAUGAGAUCAAUGGAAACAGGAUGCACCAGAGGUCAAUUGAGUCUCAUAGCAAAGGGUCUGAAUAUUUGUGAAUAUGGUAUGUUUUUUUUUGUAAUUUGCAAACAUUGCUAAAAAAAAAAAAAACUUUUCGUUUUGUCCAUAUCGGUUAUUGUGUGUAGAUUGAGGAGCAAAAUGUAUUUAAUCCAUUUUAGAGUACUUUCCAAAUGCACAGUAUGGAGGAUGUUGUUCCUUCGCUGUAAAACUGGAACUGCAUCACCCAGGGGAUUCCAUGAGUUGUAUUUUAUCUGAUCCAACAAAAUAGGGAACUGAAAAUAAACUCAUCGAUGCUUCUCCA